UUGUUUUUGUAUUUGCCGUGCGCACAAAGAGAUCCGUUAUCCGGAAUGCCUGAGCCGGCGAAGUCCGCCCCCGCGCCCAAAAAGGGCUCGAAGAAAGCGGUGACGAAGACCCAGAAGAAGGGCGACAAGAAGCGGCGCAAGAGCCGGAAGGAGAGCUACUCGAUCUACGUGUACAAGGUGCUGAAGCAGGUGCACCCCGACACCGGCAUCUCGUCCAAGGCCAUGAGCAUCAUGAACUCGUUCGUGAACGACAUCUUCGAGCGCAUCGCGGGGGAGGCGUCCCGCCUGGCCCACUACAACAAGCGCUCGACCAUCACUUCGCGGGAGAUCCAGACGGCCGUGCGCCUCCUGCUGCCCGGGGAGCUGGCCAAGCACGCCGUGUCGGAAGGCACCAAGGCGGUCACCAAGUACACCAGCUCCAAGUGAGGCGGCGGCGCGAGGCGACCCAGAACCCAAAGGCUCUUUUCAGAGCCAU